CUUGUGGUCAACACAAUUCUGCAACGCAUUCGCGGGCGCCAAACUCCAGCAACCGGAGUAGGAGACACAUGACAGGCCUACCAGCUAAGCCCUGCGACUAGAGGAGCUGGAAUCAUGUUCGUCGCUCGCAGCAUCGCCGCUGACCAUAAAGAUCUCAUCCACGAUGUCUCGUACGAUUUUCACGGCCGCAGAAUGGCGACUUGUUCCAGCGACCAAAGCGUCAAGGUGUGGGAUAAAAGUGAGAAUGGAGAGUGGCAGUGCACAGCCAGCUGGAAGACCCACAGUGGAUCGGUGUGGAGAGUGACCUGGGCUCACCCGGAGUUUGGCCAAGUCCUGGCCUCCUGCUCGUUUGACCGAACAGCCGCCGUCUGGGAGGAGAUCGUCGGGGAGUCCAACGACAAGCAGCGGGGCCUGAGCCACUGGAUCAAGAGAACCACGCUGGUGGACAGCAGAACGUCGGUGACGGACGUGAAGUUUGCGCCUAAACACAUGGGUCUGAUGCUGGCCACCUGCUCUGCAGACGGCGUGGUGAGGAUCUACGAGGCUCCGGACGUGAUGAACCUGAGCCAGUGGUCUCUGCAGCACGAGAUCUCCUGCAAGCUCAGCUGCAGCUGCAUAUCAUGGAAUCCCUCGAGUUCUCGAGCCCACGCCCCUAUGUUCGCCGUGGGCAGCGAUGACAGCAACGUGGCGUACGGUGGGAAGGUUCAGAUCUACGAAUACAACGAAAACACGCGGAAGUACAGUAAAGCAGAAACGCUGAUGACGGUCACCGACGCCGUCCACGACAUCGCCUUCGCCCCCAACCUGGGCAGAUCGUUCCAUGUGCUCGCCAUCGCCACCAAAGACGUCCGGAUAUUUAAGCUCGUCCCUUUGAGGAAGGAGAGCACGGCUACCGGACCCACUAAGUUUGAGGUCCAGAUCGUGGCUCAGUUCGACAACCAUAACUCCCAGGUGUGGCGUGUGAGCUGGAACAUCACCAGCACCCUGCUGGCCUCGUCUGGGGACGAUGGCUGCGUACGUCUGUGGAAAGCUAACUACAUGGAGAACUGGAAGUGCACGGGCAUCCUGAAGGGAGACGGCAGCCCUCUGACAGGCUCGUCCGGUCAGCCCACAGCCAUGAGCACGGUGGUGGGCUCCUCCGUUCAGAACUCCCAGAACAUCCUGAACGGGAUGUCGGCAGGAAGGAUUGCCAAACGAGCCCCCUUUGCUCCUCCCCUGCGACAGCUGACCUCUCCAAAGAUAAACCAGAGUCCUACGUAUUACUGAUAACUCUCGAACAAGACCAGCCAUUUGCCUGAAAUGCAACACUGCCUCGCCGUGUACUCGUUCUUCUGGCAUGAAAACUGCACGCAUGUAAUCCAGACUUUGUUUUUGUGACACGCGGCCGAGUUUCAUUCCUUAGAUUUCUUCACACCCGUCUUGAAAGAAUAAAGCAAAUUUUGCCAUUUCUAAAAUUUAAUCUCUGCAGCCUCCUUUACAUCCUUCUCCUCUUAUAUUCUAUUUGUUGUUUUGUUUUUUUUUCUUCUGUUUGUUUGUCUCCUUCCUUUUCCAUCACUCUCCUCGUUGCUUCAGGUAUUUCUUCCCCCCUCUGGAUCCUCCCAGGGGGGGGACCAGGCAUGGUCACCUGCUGCCUCCGUCGUCCCUCAUAGAGCACUGUGAUACUG